GCUCCUUCUCAUUCAUCCUGAUGCCAAUUAACUAGCCACCUGCUUCCUUCCUUCUCCGAAUUUUGCUGUUGAUUAAAAUCGUGCAGGGCAAGAAUAUUUGUUAGCCUUAUUAACCAAAGUAGUAUUCAUGAACCAAAAGGGUCAUGAGAAGAAAAUUGAAAAACCAGAUGAUGAGUCAGAGAGCUAUGGUCGGAGUUGGAGGCUAACGGUUGAAGCAAACAAUGCGCGUCCAUGGAGGAUUGUUCCAGACAACUGCUACAACCACCUUCAGAACUACAUGUCUGGUGGACAAUACCAGCUUGACCUUAACCUCGUCGUCCAACAUAUCUUGUCCUAUGCCCAUGAGAUUCCUCUUGCUGCCGACGGCAUGGAUGCCUGGAUUUUGGAUGUUGAUGACACUUGCAUCUCCAACAUUGAUUAUUACAAAGGAAGGCGAUUCGGGUGCGACCCAUUUGACUCAGCGAUAUUCAAGGCAUGGAUUAUGAAGGGAAAGUGUCCCGCAAAUCCUGCCGUGCUAGAACUGUUUAACGCCUUGAUAAAGAAAGGAUUCAAAGUGUUCUUGCUUACUGGUAGAGACCAAGCAACUCUCGCUCAAAUCACCACUAACAACUUGCGUAACCAGGGAUUCAUCGGCUACCAACGUCUUAUUCUCAGGAGUGCUCAGUACAAAGGACAAAGUGCAGUGAGAUACAAGUCAGCAAUUCGGAAGGAGAUAGAAGGAGAAGGGUACAGGAUACGGGGAAAUGUGGGAGACCAGUGGAGUGAUCUUCAAGGAGAGUGUUUGGGCAAUCGUACAUUCAAGCUCCCUAAUCCCAUGUAUUUCAUUUCUUGAUCAACAAAAUCUCGCUAUAUUAUUUACUAGUAUUUUCCUUCAACUUAAUUUCUAUCUAUCUGCAUUCUCCCUUCUUCUAAGCCUUAGGGAACUUAUUUUCGACUUAGCUUGUACUCAAGAAACCAAUAAAUGCAUUGGCUACGUACUCAAUUUAUCUUGCCUUGUUUGAUUUUAUGGCUAUUAUCACAAUAUUA